AGAAGAAGAAAACCAAAGACAGAUCUUCCUUUUCGUAUCACCUGUUGGACGACAAAAUGGCGACACCCGUGAAAGUUGCAAAGACUGAUUCUUGGGACGAAUGCUUUAACGCCGCUGUGGAGGUGGCCAGAGAGGCGGGGGAGGAAAUCAGAAGUGCCUUCAGCAGUGAAAAGCGUAUUGAGACCAAGUCCUGUGCUGUGGACCUGGUGACAGAGACUGACCAGAAGGUGGAGGAGAUGAUCAUCUCCACACUGAGGGGGAAGUUUCCAACACACAGUUUCAUAGGCGAGGAGUCAGCCGCGGCAGGUGAGAAAGUAGAGUUGACUGACAACCCCACCUGGAUCAUUGACCCUGUGGAUGGUACCACUAACUUUGUGCACGGGUUUCCCUUUGUGGCUGUGUCUAUUGCAUUGUCAGUUAACAAAGAGGUUGUGGUUGGUGUUGUUUACAAUGCCAUUCUGGACCAGAUGUUCACAGGACAGCUAGGGAAGGGUGCCUUCAUGAAUGGGAAACCUAUCCACGUAUCAGGACAAGAAGACCUUAGCCAGUCCCUACUCAUCUCAGAAUUUGGGUCCAGUAGAGACAAGGAAAAGAUGGAUCUUGUCUUCAGUAAUCUUGGCUCGUUUCUUAACGAGAAAAACUCAGCUCAUGGGUGCAGAUUUCUUGGUUCGGCAGCUCUGGAUAUGUGCCAGAUAGCCACUGGUGGAGGGGACUUGUACUACCAGUAUGGCAUUCACGUGUGGGACAUCGCUGCAGGGGCGCUGAUCAUUAGGGAAGCCGGGGGAGUAGUGUGGGACACCACAGGAGGACCGUUUGACAUGAUGUCCAGGCGUGUCCUGUGUGCGAGUAGUGAGAAACUGGCGAGGACGAUAGCAGAGGGGCUGACACAGAUGGAACUUCCGCGAGAUUAACUCAGCUGUUCUUUAGUGUGACUUGCUUAAUAUGUUCUCUUUAACAUGUAUAGCCUAUAGGGAUGUGUACCUAAACGUAAGAUCAGAAUGAUAGAAGUACCGUUACUAAAGUUUUGAUACAGAUCUAGAUACUAAAGUUUUGAUACAGAUCUAGAUACUGUACAAUUUGACAACUUAAUUUCUGCCAUUUUUGAUGUGUAUGAUUACCAUUGAAGACCACAGUAUACAGAUAGAAAUAUUGAUAAACAAAAUGUUUAUUUAGGCUUUGAUGUUAUGCUAUGUUAUGUAGAGCACCCAUGCUUUCAAGAGAAUCUUAAAUCAAAGAAUGUUUAUUUAGGCUUCAAGUAUGUUAUGCAGAGAACCCAUGCGUUCGAGAGUAUCUCAAAUCAAAGAAUGUUCUUUUAGGCUUCAAGUAUGUUAUGCAGAGAACCCAUACUUUCAAGAGAAAAUCAAAGAAUGUUUAUCUAGGCUUCAAGUAUGUUAUGCAAAUAACCCAUGCUUUUAAGAGAAUCUGAAAUCAAAGAAUGUUCAUUUAAGCUUCAAGUAUGUUAUGCAGAGAACCCAUGCGUUCGAGAGUAUCUCAAAUCAAAGAAUGUUCUUUUAGGCUACAAGUAUGUUAUACAGAGAACCCAUGCGUUCGAGAGUAUCUCAAAUCAACGCCCAUACAAAUUGUUUUAAUCCUAUGCCAAUGCUAAAUCUUCUUUUUUUGUGGUAAAUAAAAAAGUUAGGAUUUCGGGUCUUUGGGUGCAAUAUCUAAAGUGAUUAUAAAAUUGAUACUAGAGAACUGUUGAACUGUUGAGAGACAAGCCAAGAAAUGCUGUGGUGGUGAUCAGAAAGAGUUACACAUAAAAUGACUUUGUCAGUAACAUGUAACAAUGCAUAGGUAUAAUUAGAACAGCGCACCUCAGGAUUAAAGUAUUUACUUCUUGUCCAACAAAGCAUAAUUGAUACUGUAAAGUUCCACCCAAACACGAAGUGUAAUUGUACUGUAUAUUGUCAGUUUCCCCAAGAUGUGAUAUGAAUUUUAGAUAUCAUAAAGCGUCUUAAUAUGUCAUUUAUUGAAAAAGAUGGAAAUCUAACAUUCCUAAUAAACUGGUGCAGUAAACAUA